AUGGAAGACAUUGAUCUAGAAUUGGAUGAGAUGGAACUAGUUGCGGCUGCUGCUGGCUACUAUUACUACAGCUGUCUAACCAAGCAACCUUCUCGUUGUCUAUCUCCUAGGAGAUGCGAAUUUGUGUCAGAAGUGCUGAAUGGUCAUGAUGACUACUGCCGGGAAAUGUUGCGGAUGGACAAGCAUGUAUUUCACAAGUUGUGUGACAUUCUCCGUCAACGAGCCAUGCUACGUGAUACUGCAGAAUCUCGAUUUCGAAAUAAGAAAGGUAUCCUAUCUCAAAAUGUACUGGCAGCCUGCACAUUUGACCUGCAGUUUAUAUUCAUUUAUCCUGGUUGGGAAGGCUCUGUCACAGACUCGCAUGUGUUAAGGGCAGUCCUUGACAACCCAGAUCAGAAUUUCCCGCAAAUACCUGAAGGAAAGUACUACCUUGUAGACUCGGGAUACCUCAAUACAGGAGGGUUUAUUGCUCCUUUUGAAGGUGUUCGAUACCAGCAAUACGAGUUCAGAGGUGCGAAUCAGCUACCCAGAAAUGCAAAGGAGCUGUUCAACCAUAGGCACUGUUUUCUGAGGAAUGCUAUCCUGAGAUCAUUCAAUGUGUUGAAGGCUAGAUUCCCUAUCCUUAAACUUGCUCCUCAGUAUUCCUUUCAGAUUCAGCGGGACAUAGUCAUUGCUGGAUGUGUUCUGCACAACUUCAUCCGCCGCGAGGAAAGGAAUGAGUGGUUAUUUGAUAGCGUUGGAGCAGCACCAGUGGAUGAACCGUCAGACCCCGAUGAUCUACCUGAUGUCCAGUUUCUCUCUUCAAUGCAAGAACAGUUUGCGUACUCGUUAAGGGAUUCAAUUGCUGCAGCUAUGUGGGAUGAUUUCCUUAAUAAAUGGGACGAGUGGUGAUUCUUAGCCACCCAAAUUUCACAACCUUGUGAAUGAUUCUUUUUUGGACUUUAGGUCAAUACUGAUGACCACAGACCACUGACAAUAGAUUUGAUAGUUAGGCCAAUACUCAACAUAUUUUAUUAACAUGAAAUUUUGUAUAGGCCCUUAUAUUUUUACUAAAUGAGAUUAUGGAGGUUGCUUGGGUUACUUAAAUGCA